AGUCACUCUUAAAGGGGCCGCCGCACUCUCAGGCGGGCGCCCAGCGCCCGGGCCGGGCGAUCGUAUGAGCCGCGUGCGGGGGGUGCUGUGCCGGGCCUGCCUCGCGCUGGCCGCGGUCCUGGCUGUGUUGCUGCUGCUGCCGCUGCCGCUGCCUCGCGCGCUCACACCGGACCCCGGUCGGAUCGCGACCCCUGGUCUGAACCUCGAGGUCUCCCGCCUGCAGCCCGACGACGUCUUCAUCGCAGUCAAGACCACUCGGAGGAACCACGGCCCGCGCCUGAGGCUGCUGCUGCGCACCUGGAUCUCACGAGCCCCACGGCAGACGUUCAUCUUCACCGAUGGUGACGAUCCUGAGCUCCAGCUGCUGGCAGGCGGCCGCAUGAUCAACACCAAUUGCUCUGCCGUGCGCACCCGCCAAGCACUGUGCUGUAAAAUGUCGGUGGAAUACGAUAAGUUCAUAGAAUCUGGACGAAAAUGGUUCUGCCACGUGGACGACGACAACUAUGUGAACCCCGAAAGCCUGCUGCACCUGCUCUCCACCUUCUCUUCCAACCAGGACGUCUACCUGGGGCGACCCAGUCUGGACCACCCCAUCGAGGCCACCGAGAGGGUCCAGGGCGGCGGCACCUCAAACACAGUGAAGUUCUGGUUUGCUACUGGUGGGGCUGGGUUCUGCCUGAGCAGGGGUCUUGCCCUCAAAAUGAGUCCAUGGGCCAGCCUAGGCAGUUUCAUGAGCACAGCCGAGCGGGUACGGCUGCCUGAUGACUGCACGGUAGGCUACAUCGUGGAAGGGCUUCUGGGUGCCCGACUGCUUCGCAGUACCCUAUUUCAUUCCCACCUGGAGAACCUGCAGAGGCUGCCAUCCGACGCCAUUCUGCAGCAGGUCACCCUGAGCUAUGGGGGUCCCGAGAACCCACGUAACGUGGUGAAUGUGGCCGGAAGUUUCAGUAUACAACAGGACCCUACGAGGUUUCAGUCUGUGCAUUGCCUUCUCUACCCAGACACCCACUGGUGUCCUACGAAGAACAGGGGUGAGGUAGCUCUUCAUUAACCGACGGCCCCCCCCCUGGUGGCUGCUCCACCCGGCUUGCUCAGGCCUUGGGCUCAAGCAAUCAGCAGAAGAUGAGGCUGCUUGAAGACCUCCCACGAUCCCCCUUCCAGUUAGACACCAGGUAACCUCGGGAAAGUGAGGACAGCGGGCUGUGCGUGCCGGAGAUCAUCCAGGAACACCGAGAAUGGGCAAAUGCCACUGAGCCGCAGAUGCCUAAGCCCAGCCCGAAGGUCUUCCCAUGGAUAAGGUCUUCCACCCCAGUGACUGUGGCGCAGGAGGGGACCGGUUCCCAACCUCCCACAGCUGCAGCUUGUCCUCACCUACAGAAGACGGUGCGGGGUGGGCUGGUCAUCAAGGACUGGGCUCCAGGCCUGGCCGCAGACUCUUCCUGGAGGGCUCGCAGGACCACUGUCCAAACCCAGAAAUGUGCAGACUACCCGGCCAGUGGAUGCCCCAAAGGCUGUACUUCCAUUACCUCAACCCUUGGCCCUCCCCGAGUCUCCCACAAACCAACAGCACAGUGAGAGCUGUUCCUUUAGGCCCCUCGGGAGCGAGGUGCAGACCCAGCCACCUUCUACGGGGGGUGCGCUGCGGGGAAGUGGCGGCAGGACUGAGUAAAGGCUUCUUUGUCAUUCUUA